AUGUAUAUUAGCGGACUCUUCAUCGCUUCUUCAAAGCUCAAACUUGGAACCGAACAGAACAAAUAUCUAUCUGUCAUGUUAAUUACCACUUUCAUCCUCGCCUUGGGUCUUGUCUCCGCGCUCGGAUACGCCAUUUAUCAUGGAACAAGACACGAUCCUCGCGAACCACCUGUUAUUUCAAGCGGUAUUCCCUUUAUUGGACAUCUAAUUGGCAUUGCUCGGCAUGGUAUUGAAUAUAUCGGGCUACAGACUAGAAAACAUCCCCCGUAUCCAAUACUUUCGUUGGAUAUGAUCGCGAGUAAAAUUCACGUGGUAGCAUCCCCGGGUCUAAUAUACGCGGUCCAACGAAACAAUAAGAUAAUUAGUUUCGACCCUCUCCUCACCAUUGUUGCCAAGCAGGUCGCUGGCCUUCAAGGCGACGCACUAAAUAUUAUACGCGAAGUAGAGUCCGAAGGACACGGACUUGGAAGAGAGAUCAUGAAUGCCAUGAUUCCAACGUUAACGGGGAAAUCCCUGGACAAAAUGACUCACCAGAUACUUCGCUCGUUGCGGCCCUUCUUCGAUGAUUUAGAUGGGAUACACACGGUGGAUCUGUAUGAUUGGUGUCGACAUGCCAUAACUGUUUCGAGCACUGAUGCUAAGUAUGGCCAUCUGAACCCAUACAAAGAUCGUGCAACAGCAGACGAAUUUUGGAGUUUCCAAUCGAAUUUUAGCCUACUACUGGCAGACCUUUUCCCUUGGCUCACUGCUCGAAAGGCCUGGAAGGGCCGCGAAUUGGUUGUAUCUGCUAUGACACAAUAUUACUUGCUUGGCGGGCAUGAAAAUUCCUCUGAUAUCACGCUCGCCCUGUUCAACACGGCGCGCGAUGCUGGCUUAAGUAUAGAAGAAACCGCACGCUUGGAAUCGAUAGUGACCAUUGCACUCCUAUCGAACACCGUCCCUGCGACAUUCUGGGUCCUUUUUGAUUUGUAUUCCCGACCCAAGCUUCUUGGUUCUAUUCGCGAAGAAAUUGAACAUAAUGUCCUUAGAGUCACUGCACAUGGCCUACACAUCGUUAAUCUAUCCGACAUUCGUGACAACUGCCCUCUGUUGAUCUCAACCUUCCAGGAGAUCUUACGCACGAGGACGACAGCUGCUUCCAUGCGGAUCGUCAUGAAGGACGUGUUGCUUGCCCAGCAGUAUUUUCUAAAAGCUGGAAGCAUCUUAACCAUGCCAGCGGAGGCAAUAGGCCGAAGCCCAAAUAUAUGGGGAUCUUCCGCGGAUGAAUUUGAUGAGCGACGAUAUAUGAAGUCCGUAUCUUCAGGCACCGGAAUUGAAAACAAAACGAGAGAUGCCCGACGUGUGGGCGGGCUUAUGACAUUUGGUGUACCCCCUACUCUCUGUCCCGGUCGCCAUUUAGCAAGCGGGGAGAUUUUGGGAUUGGCGGCUAUGAUGGUUCUGCAGUAUGAUCUCUUUCCUGCUAGCGGAGUCUGGCAGGAGCCACGGAGAAGCUCAUUGUCUCUUGUGUCUGUUAUGGGACCUCUAAAGGACCCAUUUAAUACCAUUGUGAGAAAAAGAGAAGGUUUUGAGAGUACAAGCUGGGAAUUUCGACUAGAAGAGGGCAAAGGGAAUUUUCCAUUGCAAGUUGGGUAG